UCCCCACAAAACAGAUACUAAUGUACUAUGGAAACAAAGAAUUGAAGAAUCCAUUAGUUUUGUAUAUAUAUUUUCCCUUAUUAGUAUAUAUCCACUGCUUAUCAUUUUAAUUGUCACAAAAAUUGAAUUGAAUUGAAUUGAAUAUUUACACACAAACACCGGCGGGAGGGUGUAGGCGUAGCUAUUAAUUAAAAAGUGACCGGCCCGGAGUAGUAAAAAUAUGAGUGGUGACAGCAAGAGGAAGGUAGGGGUGGGGGUGUGGACGGCGGUGAGCGUUUUGGGAUGUGCGAUGGUGGCGGUACUUGCCUACACAAUCUCCACCGACGGCCUCCCUUUUCGUAAGGAACUGCUCACUAGGUGGAUGGCAGCUUUACUGAUAGAUUUCUAUAUAAAUAUCGCUGCCAUUGGGGCUUGGAUUAUAUACAAGGAAUCAAGCAGUUGGAUCAUCGCUAUUAUUUGGCUCCUUUUGUUAAUUUGUUUCGGAAGUGUCACUACCUGCGGGUACAUAGUUUUGCAGUUUUACAAGUUGACACCUGAGCAAUUUUCAAAGGAUCCUUUCUACUUUGUGUUGGCGAGACACCAGAACGGUGAUGUCGCGGAACACAGUAAGGGACUUUCUGUUGUAGCUGCAAGAGUAAUCUUUGCUGUACUAGGCUGCUUGAUGCUGGGAACUUUGCUUUACACAAUAAUUGUUGAUGGAUCUCCAUUUCGUGCAGAAUUAUACACACCGUGGGUGGUUGCAACACUCAUUGACUUCUAUAUCAAUGUCGUGGCUUUGGCGGUGUGGGUAGCGUAUAAGGAAUCUAGCUGGAUAAGUGCUAUCUUGUGGAUAUUUCUUACUGUAUGUUUUGGGAGCAUCAUUACAUGUGGGUACAUAGUGCGGCAGCUAUUCUAUCUCUCUGCUGACCAGGCUGUUUCACUUAUACUUUUCCGCAACAAUAACAGGCUCGUUAAACAGGUAUAAGAGACUUGUCUGCCAACAUGAUAUACAAAGGAUUAGCUGAGCAACAGAUUUGGGUUUCAUCUUCGUCUAUUUGCCAACUAAUGUAUUACCAUAAUACCAUAUCUUAUAUCAGACUCAAGUUACUAAAACGCCAUCAGGAAUAGCACGUUCGCAUUGUGUGCACUGUGCAGGAACCUUGUAUUUAUAAAAACUAUGUUUGCUGAUAUAUAUACCAGGAAUACCAUUUGCCUUCUUUAGCUAUGUUUGGUGCAGAUUUGACCAACAUUAAGAAUUCUAUAUGAACAAAUUUGUAUACAAAUCUACAAAGUAUUAGUUACAUCAAUAAUUUCAACA